CAAAAUCCUAUUGCUCUUCCGGAGAUGACCAUCACCUCAUCAAUUGAAGGGCUGCAGACGGAGGAACAGAGCCAUGUACUAAACAUUAUCGCCCAACUGCGCAAGUGUGGCCUUGAUAGCGUUCUUCAGCUUCCUCAAAUCGUUGUCUGCGGAGAUCAAUCUGCUGGAAAGAGCUCCGUACUAGAGGCACUCACCGAAAUCCCGUUCCCCAGGAGCGAUAAUCUCUGCACGAGAUAUGCCACGGAAAUUAUCUUGAGACGGGCUGUCACGGAUUCACUUACUAUCAGGGUCAUUCCAGACAGUGACCGUUCCGCGGCGGAGAAAGAAUCCAUUAAUUCUUUCAAAGCGGUUAUUACAAAUUUCGGUGACCUUCCGGACAUUAUGGCGAAGGCUAUGUUAGUCAUGGGCAUUGAAAGCGAUCUCUCAUCUGGGUCCAUCUCUCGAGCCUUUGCGAAAGACGUCCUCAGCAUCGAAAUUGAAGGGCCGACUAGACCUCAACUUACGCUAGUUGACCUUCCUGGGCUUAUCCAAACGGACACAAGGGGGGUGACAAAAGCCGAUGUGCAGCUCGUGGCCGAGAUUACGGACGGAUACAUUAGUCAAUCUCGUACAAUCUGCCUGGCUGUGAUAGCUGCCACAAACGAUUAUGCCAAUCAAGGCAUCUUGACCAGGGUCAGAAACGUCGACCCUCAUGGAGAACGCACGCUCGGGAUCAUCACGAAGCCGGACAGACUCAUUCCUGGCUCUGGAAUGGAACAGGCCUACUUCGACCUAGCGAGAAAUGAGGAUGUCCAUUUUACUCUGGGUUGGCAUGUGCUCAAGAACCGGGCUUUCGAGGAGAGCUCCAACUCUUUCAUGGAACGCAAUGCAUCAGAGGCCGCAUUUUUCAGGAAGUCUCUCUUUAAGGCUUUGCCUAAACAAGAUGUUGGUAUUGAUUCAUUGCGGGACCGCCUUAGCAAGCUGCUCUUCCACCACGUUCAACAGGAACUACCAAAGCUACAGGAAGAUCUACAGGAAGCAUUGACCGAAGCCAAGACCCAGCUGAAGAACUUGGGGACUUCCCGAUCGACACCGCAAGAAUGCAAAGAAUACCUCACCCAGCUUAGCCUUGACUUCUACGAGAUAUGCAAGGCAGCUGCUAGUGGCCAUUAUGAAGGCGAUUACUUCACUAGCGAUGUCGACGAGGUUUUUUCAGUCAAAUCACUGGCAACCCGCCGCAGAUUGCGUGCCGUCAUUCAGUUCAUGAACAACGAAUUCUCCGAAAAUUUCCGAAAGACGGGCCACAAAUAUCACAUCGACAUGCCAGCGGUCUUUCAGGGCGCUGUUCUCAAUGAUGCAACUGUCAACAGGGAGGUCUCUUUGAAGAAGAAGGGUUUUGCGGAUGAAGAAGACGAUAACACACCUCCUCGAAAGAUAGCGCCUCCUAUCAACAAGACUGCUUCGGAGGCUCUAGAGUGGGUGAACCAAGUUCUAAUUAGGACCCGCGGGAAGGAACUUGCAGGCAACUUUAACCCACUGCUCAUAGGUGAACUCUUCUGGGAGCAAUCUUCGAAAUGGCCCAGCAUGGCCAUGGAGUAUGUGGACAAGGUCGCAGACGUCUGCACCCAAUUUCUCAAGGACCUCCUCUUUAAAAAAUGCCCCAAGGAUAUCCACCCUCGGCUUUGGUCUUCUGUCUUGCAAGGCUCUGUGAGAACGAGGUACGAGGCAGCUAUUCAUGAGGUGGAACUUCUUCAGGAGGACCUUGAGAGUUACCCAAUCAACUAUGACCAUUACUAUAUUGACAAUAUCACAAGAACAAAGAUACGGAGGUAUGAGACUUCUCUCUCUACGUCUAUAGACGGAGCUAUGAUACAUAAGCCCGUCCCCGGCUGUAACUCGCAGUCGCACUUGUCUGCAAGCAUUGAUAUUGCCGCUGUCAUCAAUAAGCUUUUUCGAAGCACCGAUCCCAACUUGGAUAAGCACAGCUGCGAAGACGCAUUAGACUGUUUGUACUCAAUCUACAAGGUUGCGCAGAAGACUUUCGUCGCCAACAUCACGACUCAAGUGAUCGAGCGCCACAUUGUUAGGAAAAUCGAGAGGAUAUUUUCCCCAGUUGUGGUCAAUGGUCUUACUGACUCCGAGGCUGAGGCUAUUGCGAUGGAACCUGCGGCUGCAAGAAGGCAGCGAAAGUUUUUAGAGGAACGCAUUGCGAAGUUGGGAGAUGGGCAUGGGAUCUUAAAAGAGGUUAUG